AUGUCUGUAGAUUUGGCUCACAAAAUAGUUUCGACUCUCAGAAGAUCUGAAAGGUGCAAGAACACCCGUGUAAUAUACAAUGAUGAUUAUGAAGAAGAUUCCGAGACUGAGAUAACUGAUUCUGAAGAAGAUUCCAAGACUCAGAUAACUGAUUCUGAAGAAGUUGCCUCUCCUUCACCCUCGGAACUUAAUGUUGCUUCUGUUGAUGAUGGUUCCGGUGAAGAGGAUUUUUUCAGUGUGCCUCGCAAGGAUCGAAGAGCUCCGUUGAAAGUUAAGAAUAAGAAGGCUCCAAAAACUAUUUCUGAAGGAUCUGGCACUAAGGGUCAGUCUCAGUGUGGGGGUCUUGGGGUUGAAAGAUCAAACGAGGAAGUUGAUCUUGAUGAGCCUCUUAUUGCUUUGAAACAGAAGAAAGAAAAGACAACCCCUUCUAAGGCGAAAAGAAGGACGGAUGCAUCAUCUUCUCCACAUGCUACAAAACUAGAUACAUCAGCAAAGAGAGAUGAAAUUAGUCCUGUACAAACUUCCCUAUUCGAGUCAAGGCUGCAUGACUUAGUGACACAGAAGCUUGAAAGAAGAGCUGUAGAUCAAGAGCACUCGAGAAUUGCUAUUGAACGCACCUGUGACCAUUCAUCUGUUGUGCUGCAUCAGUUUCCCAUCAAAGAUAAUGAAUGUGGACAGCAGCCUGGUUUCAUCACCCAACCAACUGAAGCAGAUGUUUCUGAAGCCAAAGCGCAUUUGUAUGACAGUGUGGAACAAAAAAAGACUAAUAACAAUUUUUCUUCACUAGGUCCCAUUGAUGAAGUGAGCAACCAUCAGAAAUCUUUAGAUGAUACAAGUAAUUACACAGAUGUGAGGUGCACAUCGGUGGUCAUCCAACCUGAUUUAUGUGGAAGCACAGACAGGAUUUGCACUUCGCAUGAGGAGGUUGUGCAGAUGCCGGUGGAGGGUCAAUUAGAUUCACUAGUCUGCCAUGGUGUGAAAACAAAGGAUAUAUUACUGCAUAUAAAUGUUGAACAAGCAGCCACAGGCUACAAUUUUGCUUUUGAUAAGACUCUUGAUUUGGCUCAUACUGCCAAUUUUGACACUCAAGACGGGCGGCUAGAAAAUAUAGUUUAUGGUGCUCUGAAUAAUAAUGUGCAGCGGAAGUGUUUUGAAACAAAAACUUCUGUUGGAGUUCCAGAUACUGUUGUGACUCUGAGCUCACCAACCACAGCAAAUGUUUCACAUGAUGGCUGCCUCUUACUUGCCAACAUGGAGGGGUCAUCAACGGAUAUUGAUCAGUUAAGUGGUACAAUGAAUGUUGGCAUUUGUAGAUCUGUUAAUGAUCAAGAAUCAAGAGAAACUGGAGAUGCAAUAUCAGAUAGCUCCUCUAAUCCUGAAGAAACACAAGAAAUUUCUGAUGGGCAAACUAGGGCGUCUGAUUUUUUCAUUGACGAAGGAUCAAUUGAAGAUCAUACUCCAAGAAAACUGUUGUCCCAGAGAAAGAUUAUGUCACCAACUUCUCAGGAGAAGUUUUGCAAUGCUUUGGCUGGUAUCGAUUUGUGUGGAGUCCAAAGGCUUGAGAGAAAGAUUAAUCUUGAAGAUUGUGAUGUAAGUAGUCAAGCAUUACCUCAGACGACAAACAAGCAAUACCGAUCUAUAUUAACCAGAGACAGGAAACUUAAGAGCAGAACUUCUAUCUCCUUUACAAGGAAAGGAGUUCUUAAGUCAACAGAAUCCCCAUAUCCUGAGCUGACAAGUUCAUCUGUUCUUUUGGACACUGAGAAAGCUGUUGAGUUUUCACAAAGGCAGAUGCAUGAUAUAGAAAGCAUUGCAGCAAAUCUUAUCAGGAGCUUGAAGCACAUGAGAAGUUUAGUGGACGAAAAUUUGUCAUCAGAAGCACAGUCUUUGCUUCCUAAUUUUAACACUGCCGAGAUGAGAGCAGCAUCUGAGGAUGCAUUAAAGGUGGAGAGAACUACAAGGAAAUGGUUGACAAUAAUGAACAAAGAUUGCAAUCGUUUUUGUAAAAUAUUGACACUAGAGGGAAAGAAGGCCGCUUCGCAUCCAGAAUUGCCGAGGAAACGUAGGAGGAUAACGUUCGCGGAUGAAGCUGGAGGAAUGCUCUGCUCUGUUAAUGUGUUUAGUGAUGUACAGACCUCUCCUGCAUGCGAGGGUGAGUCAUAA